AUGGCUUCUCAAUCCCAGAAUCGUGACUUUUGUCUAGAGUGUCGCUGGGAGGACUUCCAUAUAGAUGGAAAGGAUGAGACCAAAUCGGGCGAUCAGCCUCGGUCCCAGUGGGACUGCUUGGACCAGGAGCACCACACAACGCUUGGUCCUUGUGAGGUUGACGAGGCUUGCUGUGAUGUGGAUGACUGUCAAGAUAACUGCCAGGAUGAUUGCGCACUAGAGUGUGGGUCAGUAUGUGGCGGCUUUGUGGACUGCGAUGCCUCGACCAUCUGUUCCGUUGCCCAUUGCGACGACACUCACUGUGAUGGGAACCAUUGCGAAAGCACGGACCCUGUCUGCUUUGAGGAUCAUUGCUGUGAUGGUGUUGAGCAGCAGAACUGUGAAUUCGAAUCAUUUUUCGGUCUCAAUACUCCUCUGUCGUUGGAUGCUACUGGCAUGUUACCAGCUGCCUCAAUGGGCCAAGGCGUUGCUGAAAUCGGGAAGAUUCCCGAACAUACCCUUCCGGCUGUCAUAGAUCCUUGCUACCAUCAAGACUUCUUGUCGUCAUACCAGGCUCACGCGAAUCAUUGCGACCAAAGCGUCGCCAAUCAUUUUGAGUGCCAUGACUUCCAGAAGGAUUUGCAAGGAAUCUUCCCCGUGCAACAACUGCCCACGCAGACAAAUGUCAACCCAGCCGAUGUCUUCCAUCUGUUGGGAACAUGUCCGGAUUUUCCUAUUCAGCAAGACCAACAUGUUCACGAUCACACAAUCCCGCCCCUUCAAUCUCCCAAAUGCAAUACGUCCGACCCCCUUAACUUCUUUCAUGCUCAUCCGGAACACCAUUACGUACACGAACACAACCACGGCCACGGUCACUUCAAAAACCCUAAUGACCUGAACCUUCAAAUUACCCGAGGGCCCCAUCGUUCCCAUCAUCGAUGCAAAGGACACCAACACGCCCAUGUCCAUUCUUACUCUCCCUACUCCCGGCAUUCCCGGUCCAGUAUCAGUUCCCACUUUGUUUCAAGUCCUGGAGAAACUCCACCACCGCUGGACGGAGGUGUCUCAUCAGUCUUAACGACUCCUGACUUUUCCGAGGAAAAUGACAUUCAUAUGUGCAAAUGGACAACAAAACUACACGGAGUGAAUACCCCAUGUGGGGCUACUUUCACUGAUGCUGGCGCUCUUCAGGAACAUCUUGUGUCUAGCCAUAUGAACACAGUUGACGGAGCCAAGGGAAAUGGAUAUUACUGCUGUUGGGUUGGGUGUCAUCGUCCAGAUGAGCCGUUUUCACAGAAAUCUAAGCUGCAGGGUCACUUCCUGACACACAGCAACUACAAGAAUUUCAGGUGCUCUGUCUGCGGCAAGUCUUUUGCUCGACAGGCGACCCUUGACCGCCAUGAGCGCAGUCAUCGUGGUGACAAGCCAUACAAAUGCAAAGACUGUGGAAAGAUGUUCACCGAUAGCAGUGAACUUAAAACGCACUCACGCACCCACACCGGCGAAAAGCCAUUCAAAUGCACUUACCCUGGAUGCGACUUUCAGACUGGAGAUUCAUCAAAUAUGUCCAGUCACAGACUGACCCACGGUGAACGCAAACACAAAUGUCCUUACCCGGGCUGCACCAAGAGCUUUACUCGACCCGAUCAAUUAAAACGUCACCAACGCACAACCCACAAAGAGCCCGGCUCGACCCUUCCUUCCCCUAGUCCCGACCAUUUCACACUCACACCCUUCGCCAUGGUCUAA